ACCUGUGAGCUUGAUGCAUUGCAUGGACAUGCUGGAGGGGCUCACCGUCGCAUUGGGACAGGUAAUCGCGUGUAAUCACAUCGUCUUUCGCAGGAGCUAAUUCGACGGGCUGCUUUGGUGCAAAUCUCUCCUUCUGCUGGCCUGCAGCGUCGGACAUGGUGGAGCUGGUGUGGGUGACGAGCGAUGAGCGAUGCAGGACGGCUGGGGACGUUGGACAAGAGCCGGGAAGGCACGACUAGCGCCUCGGAAGGUGGGGGUGACGCCACAAGAGAGCGCCGCAGCUAAGCCACACUUCGACGACGUUUCGGGUCGACACUCCACGCCUCCAUCAUUACAGCAUCGGAUCCUAUCCUUGUCGACAGACUACCACCGCAUAUCAAGGUAUCAAGGCUCGCCAAAUUGCACCACAUUCAGUCCAUGCACAGGUCGCCCAGGCUCCGCACAGUGUAGAUGUAGACCCACGUCCGACGGAGCAGUACCCUCCUGCAGAUUCCCAUUGCAUCCGCGUCAGGAAGAGCUCCGUUCUAUGAGAAGUGCACGUAACUCCAAAAGCCUCAAUCUAGAUGGACUGGCCUUCGCUUUACCACUCCUCCGGGAGCACCACUGCUCCGCCCAGAUACUGAAGGAUUGACGCAUCGUUGAACGGAUCCUUACUAGCCACACAGGCGGCCGCGAUGGGCACGCGGUACUACUCGGCCGUCUCGACUGGCUGAUGAACCAUGAGCCGUACUAGCGCAUGAACCACCUCAGCAGCGGCGAGCACCGUCGUCUCUCCAGGAUUGUCAUAUAUGGGAGCUACCUCCACUGCCACGAACCAAUCAGUACAACGAU